CGAUUCGAAUGCUUCAGUCGAAAGAGAGAGCUUAUCGUGAACGGUCGUGAAGUGAACACGCACCUCGGAGUUCGGUAUCGACGGCAGUAGCAGCAAUACACGCCGGUCGCAUUUUUAACGGCGAAUGGUGUGAUGUUAAAAUCGAACGACAUUAAUGGCCAACGGUUAAUUAAGCUGACCGUUCUAAAACUCAACAAAAAAACAAGAUCAAAAAGUGUGCCAACUAGUGACAACUGAAAAAUAAUUGCUCAACGUUCGCAACGCAUUAAAACAUAAACUGAUUAACGAGACACAGAUUUGUGUGCGAAAGUACUGAUCCGUUGCGCGAUUGAUAGCGUAUAGUAGUGAUUCCCUUCAGUUUCGAUUAAGCGAGAUACGAAUCGAAAAUUUUCGCCAGAGAAAGUAAACAACGUCUAAGUGGGUAAACACCCAAAAUUCAAAUCAAAUCGCCAAAAUCCUCAUCCUCCAGUUUCCAGGGGAAUUAUUUGUUCGGAAGUUCGGAAAAUCGUACGACGGAAGUGCAGUGAUUUUUUUCCCUCUCUCCCCUGUCUGCAUUGGAAACUUGUGUCUCCUUUGGCAUGUGCCUUUGAGCACGCGUCUCUGCCGUUUGUUUCGAGGCGUUUGUUUUGCUCUUCUUUCGGCUUGGCUUACUUUCUACCGCCGGUCUGUUGCGUACCAGUAAUUGCAAGGUUCCAGAAAACAAAACAAAAAACAGCCCCCCAAAAACCCACCUGGUAGCUAUAGGUUAGGCACGGGCUCGCCACAUCGACGAUAGGGCCCGAACCGAAUCGAACGGAAAAUACAGUGCAUACAAUUUUGGCAAAUGACAUGUGGAAAGUGAACAGAUAAAGUGAAAAUGUGAACAUAUUUUUGCAUCUUUACAAAGCAAUCAUCAGCCAUCCACGUGCGCGGUGACUAGAGAAGAGUAGUGUGAGUGUGUGUGUGUGUUUCUGUGCCCUGUGCGUGCCCGUUGCUUAGUGACGGAAAACGACGAAUUUGUGUGUGUGUGAGUGUGGCUGUCUGUGCUAUAGAGUGUUUUUGUGAAGUGAAAUCGAAGCGUAGCCUAAUCAGGUUGAAAAUUUGGGAAAAGCCAGUGCGUGGCGUCGUUAAACAGCUUCUUCAGAUUUGAGAAGGGAAAUAAAUUUUCCACUCAACGGCGUGAGAAAAAAAAACCAGUGCUAGGGACUUCCCGCUCCCUGGUAUCAUCAACGUUCUUUAGUACUUCAACAAGCGGGAGGUAAGAUUACGACCAGUGUCGUUUCUUUUCCUCGCUCCAUCUGUGUCCUUUAACACACACGAGACCUGAAGAAGUGAGUUCUGUUAGAAUUGAAAAAGGUUUUUCCCACUCUUUCGGAGAAAUUCGCACGCUCAGGAAAUUCCCGGGAUUUUUUGGCUGACGUAGUUUGUUGCGGUCCGUUUUUCCUCACACGUGUUGCAUUACCGAUAAAAGCCCCGUCUAAAAGUAGAUCAGUGAAGGAAAAAUGUCCUCCUCGCCCCGACUCACCGGGUACACGCUGCGCCCCUCGGAGACAUCGACCACGGUGUCGGUAACGCUCAACAGCUGCGGUACGGGCAUUAAAAAGCUUAGCAUUAAUGACAGCGUCAAAUCGACGGGAAGUGCCAAUUCCGGUGGCGAAUCGACCGAUCCCCUCGAGUCCGAUUUCAGCGGCGAAGAGGACGAGGAGGAGGAGGAGGAGGAGGAGGAGGAGGAGGAGGAGGAAGAGCGUGAUCUAGAGGAGGAUAAGGAGGAGGACGAGAACGACGAGCAAGAGGAGGACAGCGUCCGGGGAGAACGCCGCCAGGGAGAGAGUGUUCGGUUGAGGCUAGCCGUUGGCGAGAAAGGAAAAUCUGUCGAGGACGACGACGACGAGGAGGACGAGGAAGAGGAGGAAGACGAGAACUCCGAUAGUGAGCAAGCGUUACGCCACAGUCCGCCAAGAAACACCCGCAAACAAGCGUCCACCUCCUCCGCCGACGGAGACGAGGACGAUCCGGACGAGCUAAGUUCGGUGACAAAACAGCCACAGCAGCAUCGUCAGAAUGGUUCCGGCAACCGGCAGCAGCCAGCCAGAGGUCCUGCUGCUGACGCUGACGAUGGUGAUGAUAAUCGGUGCGGCGGCGAUAGCGAUGAUGAUGGUGGCGAUCUAUCUGAUAAGAAUAAUAAUAUCGGCGCAGCUGUUCGCCGCAAACAACCGGAGGACUAUGCUUUGGAUGAUUUUCAAAUACUGAAAACGAUAGGAACGGGCACUUUCGGUCGAGUGUGCCUAUGUCGGGACAAGAUCACCAACAAGUACUGGGCCAUGAAGAUACUGGCCAUGGCGGACGUCAUACGAUUGAAGCAAAUAGAGCAUGUGAAAAAUGAGAAGAACAUUCUGCAGGAAAUCGACCAUCCUUUCAUUGUGAACAUGCGAUGGAACUCCAAGGACGACUGCUGCCUGUACAUGCUGUUCGAGUUCGUGAGCGGUGGUGAGCUGUUUUCCUACCUGCGGAACGCAGGACGUUUCGACAGUGGUACCGCCAACUUUUACGCCUGCGAGAUUGUGCUCGCGCUCGAGUAUCUUCACUCGCUGUCGAUCGUGUACCGGGAUCUGAAGCCGGAAAAUUUGCUGCUCGACCGGGAAGGCCACAUGAAGAUUACCGACUUUGGGUUCGCGAAAAAGUUGAAGGAUCGCACCUGGACGCUUUGCGGUACGCCCGAGUACCUUGCGCCGGAAAUCAUUCAAUCCAAGGGCCACAACAAAGCCGUCGACUGGUGGGCGUUAGGUGUACUUAUCUAUGAGAUGAUCGUGGGAUAUCCUCCAUUCUACGACGACAAUCCGUUCGGUAUUUAUGAGAAAAUUCUCAGCGGCAAAAUUGAAUGGUCGCGCCACGUCGAUCCAAUCGCCAAGGAUCUCGUCAAGAAGCUGUUGGUGCUGGAUCGUACCAAACGCUUGGGCAACAUGAAGAACGGAGCAGAAGACGUUAAAAGACACCGGUGGUUUAAGCAUUUGGACUGGAAUGUCGUGAUACGAAAGCAGCUGAAGCCACCAAUCGUUCCGACGUACGUGUUUAGCUCGAAGGAGGACGACACCAGCAACUUCGAUGAUUAUCCCGAGACGGACUGGAAAUCGGUCAGAUCGUUGGACAAAAUCGAGAUGCAACUGUUUGAAGAUUUCUAAACUAGCCAAUAUUAUGCGUUUGUGUGGUACUUAUGCGAAGGGAUCGGCGGUCAAAGAUUGAACAAGAAUUCUGCACAGUUCGAAAUGGCUGCAGGAUUUACUUAUAAAAAACGAUCUGUCAUAAUGCUCAUUUAGUAGGGAGAGAGCGGUCGAAAAAAGGACGAAAGCAUGCACAACAACGGGCACGUUGUUGAUAGUCAUUGUACAUAGUUUUAGUAAGUUUAGAGAUUGUUUUUUUGUUUUUGGUUCCUAGUAAUUAGUUCAAGUUCCUUUGGCGCCUUGUCUGUCCUGUGUUUGUAAGAAAACUGGUCUGCUGUAUUAGAUUUUUGUAGUUUGCACAAACACCUCCCGACGAUCGAUCGCUUGCGCCUCAGGAGGAAACUGAUGCGCAAGAAGAGCUCACGUUGGCCAAAAACUUACUUGGUCCUAAUAGUCUGACCAUUGUCCGGAGUUAAGGGAAAGAUAGGGAUAGCGUUUAUUGUUUUGUCAUAUGUAGAGUCCAUGGUUAUGCAGCGUAACCUUAAGUUUUUAAUCCAACAUAUGUACUGUGAUAGGAAAUUAGGAACACGCCGUAGUCAGGGAUGUGUGUACUUACACCGACGGUGCCCACGUCGCCGGCCCCAGUGUAUCGUAAAUAAAAAAAAAAACAAAGUUGUUGGAAAAUGUUGUUUUGUAAAACAGCUGCCUUCAGUCGAUGAAACGGCUAAGAAGUCAUUGAACAACGGUGUGCGAGAGUGUGUCUAAUUGCAAUAGCCAAAUAUAACGUAACUGUUAAGCGUAUCUACUGGGUGCAUGAUGAUUAUGAAUAGGUGCAAAAUGUAGCUGAUGCUGAACUGAGCAUACAGACAGCAGGAAAAUCUCAAAUUUACUCACCUCUAUGUAUAUUUGGUCGUUUUCACUUAAAACGUGUCUGUAAACUUCACGCCCUGUCGCUACCCUUACGAGCACACCCGAGUACUGUACUACAACACAUCCUCAAUAUAUAUCAUACACUACCGCUGGAGCGUUGCUUACUGAAAUAAAGUUACUAAAUACAU